AUGGAUGUUCAACCCUUUGCUCUCUUUCCUUACGAGCCCCUAAAAUCCGACGAGUUACGCUUAUUGCACGUAGAACCUGGCGAUACUGGCUUGAUACGCGUCGAGCUCAGAACUGUUAAAUCCCGCACGUCGCAAAGAUUCUGGGCCUUGUCUUACGUCUGGGGCGCGAGAGAAAACCCCGCCACGAUCCUUCUGAAUGAUCAGCCAUUCAGCGUCACGAGAAACUUAUACAAUGCUCUCUAUCAGUAUCGCCGUCAUGCUUUUCAGGGCUACGGCAGUGAUGACAAGGCUUUGCUUUGGGUGGAUGCAAUUUGCAUCAACCAGAACGAUCAGGUCGAAAAGUCAAUUCAAGUUCCCCGCAUGUCAGAGAUCUACGGCCAAUGUGAACGUGUGUCGGCGUGGUUGGGCCCAGUUGGCAGUGACGAGGAGAGUCAUGUUUGCAGAUUAGCAGAGAGAUUGAAGUACUUCCAAUCACCUGCAGACUUAACCAGUCAAGGCCUUUCUGAAGAUGACCGAAUCACAGCAUUCAUGAAGUCUGGACGUUCUGACGAGACAGCCGCAAUCGAAGUCGAGUCUGUGCGGAAGGCUUUAAGAUCCAUCGGUCAUCGCCCAUGGUUCCGAAGGAUCUGGAUUCUUCAAGAAGCUGUCCUAGCAAAGCAACAACCAAUCUUGCUAUGCGGACCUUUCGAGCUGGGAUACGAGAUAUUCUUCAAGACUUGGGUUCUGAUGCUGAAUCCAUCUGAGGACGGACAGCUGCUGUACUCGUUCAUGGCAGAAAACCCAGUCAGGUUCAAAGGCAUUGAGUUGGUGUACAAGAACAUUCUACAAGUCAGAAGCGAAAAUACCCCAGAAGAAGCAAAAGCCGCCGUGAGUCAGGAAAAGCAGUGUGCUCUAGACAUCGUAAAGUUGCUCAAUGAGACGACGGAAUUGGAAGCUACGGUGGCUCACGAUCGUUUGUACGCCCUCAUUGGUCUUUUGGAUUGCGAUCCUCUACCUUCAGCCCUUCAGCCAGACUACACCCAAUCCUUCGAGGAUCUCUGCUACAGGCUCUCAAUGUUUGUUCUUGAACAGACUCAAGAGAUCCUCAUCUUGAACCUGGGAACUGUCGGCAGUCUCCCAUCUGUACCCUCGUGGACACCAGAUCUCCGAAAUAGCUGGACAGCGAGAUCCAAUCUAAUCCCCAGCCCUGGGAAGUGUUUCAAAGUUUCUGAGGACGGCAGGAUUCUUACUAUGCCAGCGAUCAUCCUCGGAGAAUGUGUGUCUGUCUGCAAGCCCGUCGCUCCUGAUCCCGAUACUGGUACCGUAUCACCGGCAGCAUUUUUGCAAUUUGAUGAGGCUGUAGUCAAAGUAGCUGCAGCUAUUAGAAGAGUUACUCGCAUGGAAGUCAUGACCGAGUGGUUCAAGUUUCAUCUUGCAGAUAUAUACACCGAAGAGCGUUUGACUCAAAAUCCCAUCAUCGUGCAGAGAGUCAUGAUGGCUUAUGUGUGCAUGGUCCAGCGUCAACCACUGUCCGCACUGGGGAUAAGAUUUGGAACGAAAGAACAGUUGCAAGGCGCAUAUGGAAUGGUCACAGACUCCAUUUUUCAACAGAGUUUGGUUGGGUGUAGUAACUUUGUGCUACAAGAUGGAACAGUGGGACAGUUACUUCACGGUGACGCAGUAGCAGCUGUUGAGGAUGCAAUUUGCGCUUUUCCGGGUCUAUCAACUCUUUUUCUCAUACGGAGAAGUGACGAUGGAAAAUGUAAGAUUGUUGGGCAGGUUUCAAAGUGGGAGAAUAUUGGAGCAAGUUUACCUGCGGAUCAGCUUGAGAGCUACCGUCGGUCUUUUGAAGCUGCACAUUUGGGAAGAGACGUCGAUAGUGUCGUUAGAAUGGUAAGUAUUGUGUAG